GGAACAGCAGUCUAACAACUGACUAGAUUCUCAUGCUAACUCAUUAGGCAAAGGUUGGUGGUAUUGUUGUAUGCUGCUAUUGCAUAUUAAAACUUAGCAGAUGAGUAAUAAUUAUAAUGAAGCAGGAUAGAUGGUCAAAUAUUUUUUGAGGUUGGUUUGAUACUGACUUGAGAAUAGGAAAAAAAAACCCAUUGUGUUAAGCAGGAGUGUAUAGUAAAAAUUCUAUAGCCUGGGCCCUGUUAAUUCUACUUACCACCUUCUGUAUUACUGGGAAUGGAUAUAGUGUGUCAUUUCUUAGGACAGGUUCAGAAGGAAUUUAUAGUUUUACAUUGAUCUGUUAAAUUAGGGUUUAUAUUGUUUAUUUUGGUUUUGGGCCUGAACUAAAAGUACUAGACCUUCUCCCAGCACAACAGCUGGUAAUUUUUAAUUUUCAAGAAGGUAAUCAGCUUCUGUGGUGAAAAUCAGCUAUAACAGGAUUUGUUUAGCAAUUUUUGUGUUUCUGAUUACUUGAAAGUGUACUUCCACUUGUUUAUCAGAACAGCAUUUGGUAAAGAUGGACAAGUAUUCCUAGUUUACACAUGAAGAAACUGACAUUGUGUAAAAAUAAAAUGACCAGGACCAGUUUUUUUGACUUAAUAUCAUAGACUUACCCUUUUUCUUUACAUUUUUGCUUUAAACCCAAAUGCUUAAUUUUUUGACCUAUCUGAUGUUUUCCUAGGAGGAAAUUACCAGAUAUAGAUCAUUCUUGGAGCCCAAGCUAAAUUUUGAUUUUUAAGUCUUCAAGGGGACUACUAGGGUAAUCUCAGACAGUACAGGUCCCAGGUCCUAUAGGAGGAAGAGCCAUAACACCUUCCUAAAAUGAGUAUUAGUAUGUAAGACAGAGCUUGGGAAAGUUGAAUUGGUAGGAAUGUGAUCAUCAAAUUAAAAGGAGGCUUAUUUCACUGACUUCGAAGAGUUAGUGAAUCAUCUCUUGCUGCCUAAACUCUUGCUACUCAAAAUGUGGUCCAGGAACCAGCAACAUCUGGGAGAGUUUUGGUGCUCAAUUGAGGGUCUUACUCUGGUUCUACUGAAUCAAAAGAUGCAUUUCAACAACGUCUCUAGGUGAUUUGUAUGCACAUUAAAUAUGAAAAGCAUUGGCCUAAAAUGGUGGUUCUCAAUCGGUGAUUUUGCCUCCCAGAGGACACAUGGCCAAGGGAUAUUUUUGGUUAUACCUCUGUGGGGAAGUUACUUCUCGCAUCUGGUGUGUGGAGGUUAAGGAUGCUGUUAAACAUCGUACUUUGUACAGAGCACAUCCCCUCCCCCAACAAGAAAUUAUCCUGCCCUAAUUGUGGGUAGUGCUACCGCUGAGAAACCCUAGCCUAAAACUGUGGUUUUCAAGCUUGUAAGUGCACGGACUCUUGGUGGUUCUCAAGCUUGUAAGUGCAUGGGUUUAUUAAAAUAGAUUGAUGUUACCCUCCAGAGUUUCAGAUUCAGUAGAACAGGAAUGGGCCUGAAACUUGGCAUUUCUAACAAGUCCACGGGUGGUGCUGAUGCUGCUAUUGGGGCUCCUCUAGAACCACUUUCAGAGCACUGGCCUAGAACAACCUUGAAGGUAUAAAGGUAAGGUGCUUGUACUAAUUGGGAUAGAAUGGUAAUACUAAAGCUGCCAUUUAUUGAGAGCUGAGAUUGUGUCAGGUGUUGCUAAGCGCUCAUGACACUAGGUCACAGGUACUUAAUACAAACCAUUUUGUAGAUUAGGAAAGUAAGGCAUGAAAGUACUAAAUUUUCUAAAUCACAGCUAAUUUGCUAACUGGUACAUCUCCGUCUGAUGUCUGACGCCAAAGCCCGAAUUUUUAACCAUCAUGCCCACUGCCUAAAACAGUUCUAAGAUUAAGAAGUUGUUCCUUCUAUGGUAAACCCACGGCUACUCGGGAUUAAGUAGUUCUCGAUCCAGAGUGACGACGGCGACUCAGAAACCAGUGAAUUCCUGGAGUGCAUCGGGAGGAAGAGGCGGGACUUUGGCUGCGGAAGGGGCGGGCCUAACCGGCAGGAAGUCCGGGGUUGAUGGCUGUGUUGUUGACCGGCCUGUAGCGGCGAGUCCUGGCCGGAUCCCCAUUUACCCUUUGCCCAGCCUCGUUCCGGACCCCAGACCGGACCGGCACACUCUGGGAGAGACGGCGGCGGCGACUCUCCCCUUGCCGCCAUGCACGACGCUUUCGAGCCAGUGCCGAUCCUAGAAAAGCUGCCUCUGCAAAUCGACUGUCUGGCUGCUUGGGAGGAAUGGCUUCUUGUGGGAACCAAACAAGGACAUCUUCUUCUCUAUAGGAUUCGGAAGGACGUUGUGCCAGCAGAUGUAGCGUCACCUGAAAGUGGCAGUUGCAACAGGUUUGAAGUGACACUAGAGAAAUCCAAUAAGAACUUCUCCAAAAAGAUUCAGCAGAUCCAUGUGGUUUCCCAGUUUAAGAUUCUGGUCAGCUUGUUAGAAAAUAACAUUUAUGUCCAUGACCUAUUGACAUUUCAACAAAUCACUACGGUUUCAAAGGCAAAAGGAGCAUCACUGUUUACAUGUGACCUCCAGCAUACAGAGACUGGUGAGGAGGUGUUGCGGAUGUGUGUGGCAGUGAAAAAGAAGCUGCAGCUCUAUUUCUGGAAGGACAGGGAAUUUCAUGAAUUGCAGGGGGACUUUAGUGUACCAGAUGUGCCCAAGUCCAUGGCGUGGUGUGAAAAUUCUAUUUGUGUGGGUUUCAAGAGAGACUACUACCUAAUAAGGGUGGAUGGAAAGGGGUCCAUCAAAGAGCUCUUUCCAACAGGAAAACAGCUGGAGCCCUUAGUUGCACCUCUGGCUGAUGGAAAAGUGGCUGUGGGCCAAGAUGAUCUCACCGUGGUACUCAAUGAGGAAGGGAUCUGCACACAGAAAUGUGCCCUGAACUGGACGGACAUACCAGUGGCCAUGGAGCACCAGCCUCCCUACAUCAUCGCAGUGUUGCCUCGAUAUGUGGAGAUCCGAACAUUUGAACCAAGGCUUCUGGUCCAAAGCAUUGAAUUGCAAAGGCCUCGUUUCAUUACCUCAGGAGGAUCAAACAUUAUCUAUGUGGCCAGCAAUCAUUUUGUUUGGAGACUCAUCCCUGUCCCCAUGGCAACCCAAAUCCAACAGCUUCUCCAGGACAAGCAAUUUGAAUUGGCUCUGCAGCUCGCAGAAAUGAAAGAUGAUUCCGACAGUGAAAAGCAGCAACAAAUUCAUCACAUCAAGAACUUGUAUGCCUUCAAUCUCUUCUGCCAGAAGCGUUUUGAUGAGUCCAUGCAGGUCUUUGCUAAACUUGGCACAGAUCCCACCCAUGUGAUGGGCCUGUACCCUGACCUGCUGCCCACAGACUACAGGAAGCAGCUGCAGUAUCCCAACCCAUUGCCUGUGCUCUCGGGGGCUGAACUGGAGAAGGCGCACUUAGCUCUAAUUGACUACCUGACACAGAAACGAAGUCAACUGGUAAAGAAGCUGAAUGACUCUGAUCACCAGUCAAGCACCUCCCCACUCAUGGAAGGCACUCCCACCAUCAAAUCCAAGAAGAAGCUGCUACAAAUCAUCGACACCACCCUGCUCAAGUGCUAUCUCCAUACGAAUGUGGCCCUGGUGGCCCCCUUGCUACGCCUGGAGAACAAUCACUGCCACAUCGAGGAGAGCGAGCACGUGCUGAAGAAGGCUCACAAGUACAGUGAGCUGAUCAUUCUGUAUGAGAAGAAGGGGCUCCAUGAGAAAGCUCUGCAGGUGCUUGUGGACCAGUCCAAGAAAGCCAACUCGCCUCUGAAAGGCCACGAGAGGACAGUGCAGUAUCUGCAGCAUCUGGGCACAGAAAACCUGCAUUUGAUUUUCUCCUACUCAGUGUGGGUGCUGAGAGACUUCCCAGAAGAUGGCCUGAAGAUAUUUACUGAAGAUCUCCCGGAGGUGGAGUCUCUGCCACGUGAUCGAGUCCUCGGCUUCUUAAUAGAGAAUUUUAAGGGUCUGGCUAUUCCUUAUCUGGAACACAUCAUCCACGUUUGGGAGGAGACAGGCUCUCGGUUCCACAACUGCCUGAUCCAGCUGUACUGUGAGAAGGUGCAAGGUCUGAUGAAGGAGUAUCUCCUGUCCUUCCCUGCAGGCAAAACCCCAGUCCCAGCUGGAGAGGAAGAGGGUGAGCUGGGAGAAUACCGGCAAAAGCUCCUCAUGUUCUUGGAGAUUUCCAGCUACUAUGAUCCAGGCCGGCUCAUCUGUGAUUUUCCCUUUGAUGGCCUCUUAGAAGAACGAGCUCUCCUGUUGGGGCGCAUGGGGAAACAUGAACAAGCUCUUUUCAUUUAUGUCCACAUCUUGAAGGAUACAAGGAUGGCUGAGGAGUACUGCCACAAACACUAUGACCAAAACAAAGAUGGCAACAAAGAUGUAUAUCUGUCCCUGCUUCGGAUGUACCUGUCACCCCCCAGCAUUCACUGCCUGGGGCCAAUCAAACUGGAACUGCUGGAGCCAAAGGCCAACCUCCAGGCUGCCCUGCAGGUCCUCGAGCUACACCACAGCAAACUGGACACCACCAAGGCCCUCAACCUUCUGCCAGCAAACACUCUGAUCAAUGACAUACGCAUCUUCCUGGAAAAGGUCUUGGAAGAAAAUGCACAAAAGAAACGGUUCAAUCAAGUGCUCAAGAACCUUCUCCAUGCAGAGUUCCUGAGGGUCCAGGAAGAGCGGAUUUUACACCAGCAGGUAAAGUGCAUCAUCACAGAGGAGAAGGUGUGCAUGGUGUGUAAGAAGAAGAUUGGGAACAGUGCAUUUGCAAGAUACCCUAAUGGAGUGGUCGUGCACUACUUCUGUUCCAAAGAGGUAAACCCAGCUGACACUUGAGCCCAGCAUCCUGGGGAUCCAGCCGAUGGACAGCUUGGCUCUCCCAGAGAGGAGAAGGAGCGCCUGGCCUUAGGAAUCCUGUCUGCCACCACCACAGGGCUCCCGAUUUGGACACUACUGGCUGUCUUGUGCCCUGGAACAACUCUGAAUUCAUUAGACUCAUGGUCUGGCAUUGCCAGCUUUUUAAUGGGAAAAGAGAUUAGUUAUACCUUAUACCUUUAUGCUGUGGGCAAUUCCAGAGAAUUCGGUGUCUGCCUGGACAGGAGGAGGCGCACCAUCUUGCCUUUGAAUACCAGUCACCUGCAAAAGGAAGCUUGUCAAAAAUGUUUGUAACCAUGGCGUUGUUCUUCAAGGGCUUUUCUAUUGAGAUAAGUGCACGAUUUCACAAGGACCCCUUAGCGUGGCUCACCGGAGAAUUCCAUGAGAGAACAGUGCUGAAGCUUCUGGCCGCAUGGACCCGACGGCUCGCGUUGUGUGUAGCGCAUUAUGUCCCCAGGGUAGCCAUGCCCUGUUAGUUUUCAGUCUCCUUUUCUUUCUCACCACGUAUCACUCCCCUCACUGCCCUACGCAGGCUUUCUCUCCCACUUCCCUGACUCUGGGAAUAAUGAUAUUUAAGCAAGGUAAGAUGAGAAGCUAGGGGAAGUCUCAGUUCCUUGGAAUACAGUGAGAGUUGAUUGUCGAGUAUGUUGUAAAUAGAUCCUCUUUGGCCAUUCUCUGCCUAGGAAAGGCCCUGCAUCCCUCUCCUCAGGUCAAGCUGAGUAUGAUGGCAGCUCCUGAGGAUGGUCCUGCCCUGUCUGGGGUAUGUGUGAUCCCUAGGCACAUGUUCCCGCAGUGGUCCCUACUCCAGCUUCGCUCACCAGACACUCAGGCGGGCUGGCUUAGUCUUUGCGAGUGGACUUUGUGCUCUGGGCCUUUUCUCUUUUUCCAGCCAGUUUCCGUUCACUUGCCUCACAGCCUGUCCUGGCCGUCGCUCCCCAGCUUUGUUUGGCAGCAGUGUGGUAGCAGGAUUGUGCUGGGAUAGUGCAGGAAGGUGGGUCCCAGCAACACGCAGGGGAUGAGUGGAGCGAGAACUGACAAUGGUGUGAUGCCAAGUGUUCUUGAGAGGCUACAGGCAUGGCAGAGGAUGUGGGGGCAGGAACAGCAGCACGCUGGUUUAAAAAUAACUCACCGCCAAACCUGGGAAGCAGUGUCGGGGAUCCUGACGGAUGUGUAGGGGCUGGAGUUUCAGGCACUGCAGGCUGAGGACACACAGGGACAGUGGUCCUGCCAGCAGUGUGUGGUGCCACGUCCCCACUGGCCAUACCCACACAGAAGCAGUGCUGCCUGGGGCCUCGUCCGGGCCAGCUCGGACUCUGCUUCCUCCAGGAGCGGCAAGGAAGCAUUGGGCCACCUCUCUGGAGAGCAGGAACUUGCCCUGCCACAUGAGCCCUGCCUUCCUGGCCAGCUGUGCUUGUAUCUUCCAUUCUCACGAACUGUGUUUGAAGCAAUAGAAUAAAGAAUGUGUGUUUUCUUUCCUGGUAUACAUACACAACCCCAUACUCCCAAACUUCAUUCUUCCUUCCCUCAACUGUCUGCCCUCCACAGAGUUCUGGAGAAGGCUGGAGAUGAAAGCUUUGUAGCGAGGACUGAUAAAGGUCUCAUCACUGCUCCUCAUAACAAACCUAAUAAAGCAAGAAA